CCGCGCAUGUGCGAAUAAGGAUAAGGAUGGGGGGGGGGAAUGAUGCCGGGAAGACUGCAAUUGUUGAGGAGAGGUCUAUAGAGAGGGGUUCAUUGAGCCCCAACAAUGGCAGCUCCAGGUUCUGAGCUGCAGAGAUGAGGAGUCGCCGCCAGAUGUAUUAUUCUGCUGUCAUGCGUUUCUUCCUGAAGUGUUUGCGGAUAGGUCAGCGGCGCCGGUUCUGGCUGACCCAGCAAGUGGAACAACUGUGGCUAUAUGGGCAUCUCUGUUUGCGCUCUCUGUUUUACAACUCUUUUGCUGAUAGCGACACAGCUCUUGAUGCCCUCUUUGAGCCUAUAUACUGGCUGGUAGAUCAUGUCACUCGUUGGUUUGGAGUGGUAUUUGUGGCUCUGGUGAUAACACUGACCACUUCUGUGGUGGCCAUAGUGUACAUUUGCCUCCUUCCAACGAUUCUCCAGACCUAUUCCAUUCCCUGGAUCUUCUGGCAUAUUAUCUAUGGCCAUUGGAACCUUGUCAUGAUUGUUUUCCAUUACUACAUGGCUAUCACUACUCAGCCUGGCUAUCCACCACAGCACCCAAAGAAUGAUCUUGCUGCUGUGUCAAUAUGCAGGAAAUGUAUUGCGCCCAAACCUGCCCGAACCCACCACUGUAGCAUCUGCAACAGGUGUGUGUUGAAGAUGGACCAUCACUGCCCAUGGCUUAACAACUGUGUGGGACACUACAAUCAUCGCUAUUUCUUCUCCUUCAUGCUUUUCAUGACCAUGGGCUGCAUCUACAGCAGUAUCAGUGGCUGGGACAUGUUCUGGGAAGCUUAUGCUGCCAUUGAGACUUACUCUCAGACACCACCACCCAUCUUUUCCUUCCGCCAGCGAGCUUUCCACAAGAGCAUAGUGUACGCCUGGGUCCUCUGCAGUUCAGUAGCCGUGGCAUUGGGUGCCCUCAUGCUCUGGCACUCAGCCCUCAUCACCCGUGGCGAGACCAGCAUCGAAAGACACAUCAAUCACAAAGAAAAAAAGAGGCUACAGAAAAAGGGCAAGAUAUUUCGAAAUCCAUACAGCUUUGGUCCACUGGGCAACUGGAAGGUUUUCCUGGGUGUCGAAAGACGGAGACACUGGAUCACUCGAGUUCUACUACCUUCCCCACAUCCCCCUUAUGGAUCUGGCUUGAGUUGGGAAACUCCUCCUUGUGUUGCUCAACAGAAGAGGCCUCUUUUGACAAUUUGAAUUGGAUGAAGAACUAAUUGUCCCAGCAGGUGGAAGACUUGAAACCACAGGCUUCUUUCACUGGGAAGCAUAACAGAAGACACGGUCCCUAAACUGGCAGACUAACAUCACAAUGGCAUUAUCUGCAGUGAACUGCUCAUCCCACAGGAGACUGGAGAACCUCCAGCUGCAGUCUGGGAUCUAUUGCCUGUGUCUGUUUUGUUUUGCACAUAGUCCAAUGGGGCUGGAGCAAACUAUUGAGAAGGGGCAAAGUAGCUCUUUCCCUAACUCAAGGAAGUUAACUGGCAUAUUAGGUCUUGUUGCUCUUCCUGUAAGGACUGAUUUUUUUUUACCAUAAAAAUAAAUAUAUAUAAACAAUCAUCUCCUCUUUAGUGGGAAAGGAGCAGUGAAAAGAUUUAAAUACAAAAACUGUUGAUUCAUAACUAACAAGAGUAACUAUUU